UUUUUUUUUUUUUUUUAUUUUGGGAUAGUUCAGAAAAACACGAAAAUCUGAUAUUCAAUACGACGUCGGAUUAUAGAUCUGUUUUUAUCCAGUCGUGGAUAGGAAACAGCAAAAGAGAUAUCGUUAACGGUGGAGCUCCGACAAUGGAGCUAGUCUUGCAUAUCUCUGCAAAUCUUCCAAGAGAAAAGUUCUUCGCCCAUUAUUCCUACUCUAAAUUUUUCACAGCCCCAGACUACCAUAGAAAAUUUCCUUAUUUAACAAGAAAUCCUCUGCAGCAAGCCAAAUUUCAUUUCCAAGCCAGAAAUACCCGGAAUAGAACCCGGAAGUUUGUUUUGCUAGGCAAAAAACAGUGGCUUCGGGGUAACGAACAAGAACAGGGCGUAGAAGAAGAGGAUGAAGAUGAAGAAGAAGAAGAAGAAGAGGCAAGCUCUUAUUCUGAUAACGGGUCGUCUUUCUUGUCUCUGAGUGUGAAGCCCGACAGGAACAUGUCCUUGCUCGACGACUACGAGAUGGAGGAGCUAGUGUAUGAAUCCGACCUGAACCAUCGAAGUGGAUAUGUGGCUGUACUUGGCAAGCCAAAUGUUGGGAAGAGUACACUUGCAAACCAAAUGAUAGGUCAAAAGUUAUCAAUAGUUACUGAUAAACCUCAAACGACAAGACAUCGAAUUCUUGGUAUAUGUUCUGGUGCAGAGUAUCAGAUGAUACUUUAUGACACACCAGGUGUUAUUCAGAAGAAAAUGCACAAGUUGGACUCAAUGAUGAUGAGGAAUGUUAGGAAUGCUGCCAUUAAUGCAGAUUGUGUCGUUGUUCUUGUUGAUGCAUGUAAAAUGCCUGAGAAAAUUGAUGAAGUUUUGGAGGAAGGUGUGGGUGACGUAACAGAAAAACCACCCAUUUUGCUUGUUAUGAAUAAAAAAGAUCUGAUUAAACCUGGUGAAAUUGCAAAGAAAUUGGAGUGGUAUGAGAAAUUCACAAACGUUGAUGAGGUGAUACCUGUGAGUGCCAAAUAUGGUCAUGGAGUGGAAGAUGUAAAGGAUUGGAUUUUAUCAAAGCUUCCCAUUGGGCCAGCUUAUUAUCCUAAGGACAUUGUCAGUGAGCACCCUGAAAGAUUCUUUGUUGGUGAAAUUAUAAGAGAAAAGAUCUUUAUGCAAUACCGUAAUGAAGUUCCUUAUGCAUGUCAGGUGAAUGUUGUGAGCUACAAAGCUAGGCCAAAUGCAAAAGACUUUAUACAAGUGGAAAUUGUUGUUGAAAAAAACUCACAGAAGAUAAUCCUCAUUGGAAAAGAGGGAAGGGCUCUAAAACUACUUGCUACAGCAUCACGGCUUGACAUUGAAGAUUUCUUGCAGAAGAAGGUUUAUCUUGAGGUAGAAGUAAAAGUGAGAGAGAAUUGGCGGCAAGAUGAAGGACUUUUGAAGAACUAUGGUUAUGGGGGACAAAUUAAAGCACUAUAAUGAGGGAGAGCCCCCCAUUAUUCCCAAUUCCAGUGGAGAGAAUGUAAAAUGGGCUUCGCCAAAUUGGUGGAAUCGUUCGGAGAUCAAGAGGCUGCGUAAAGAUGUAAGUUCUGGCUGGUUGAUAGUCUCAAUCAUAACCCUUUAGCCAUAGAAUUAGUAUUUAGUGGUGAAUUGUACAUCUUUCCCAAUCCUCUGGCCCAAAUGGUUUUGUAACAGUUGAGCCUUCAGUACUCUCUCUCUCGUGAAAGUGUCGAGAAUAAAUAAUUCUAUGGUUUGCGAUGUGGGCCCAAUGUUAAAUGAUCUUCUUUCCCAGGAGGUCCACAAGGAAAUUUGAAGAUCGUUUUUAGUA